GCGCCCCGCUGAGCCAUGCGCCCGCCGUCCCCUGCCGGGCUGGGGCUGCUGCUGCUGCUGCUGCCGCUGCCGCCCGCGCCUGCUGCUGCCGCGGCCAGGAAGCCGACGCCCUGCUCGCGGUGCCGGGGGCUGGUGGAGAAGUUCAAGCAGGGGAUGGUGGAUACUGAGAAGAAGAACUUUGGCGGCGGGAACACGGCCUGGGAAGAAAAGUCGCUGUCCAAGUAUGAGUUCAGCGAGAUCCGCCUGGUGGAGAUCCUUGAGGGCCUGUGUGAAAGCAGCGACUUCGAGUGCAACCGUAUGGUGGAGGAGCAGGAGGAGCACCUGGAGGCCUGGUGGCUGCGGCUGAAGAAGCAGUCUCCGGACCUGUUUGAGUGGUUUUGUGUGGAGACACUGAAGGUCUGCUGUUCUCCUGGGACAUUCGGGCCUGACUGUCUGGCAUGCCCAGGUGGCACCCAGAGGCCCUGCAGCGGGAAUGGCCUCUGCAGCGGGGAUGGCAGCCGGCAGGGGGAUGGGUCCUGCCAGUGCCACAUGGGCUACCGUGGGGCGCUGUGCAUGGACUGCGUGGACGGCUACUUUAGCGCGCUGCGGAACGACACACACAGCGUCUGCACAGUCUGUAACGAGGCCUGCAAGACCUGCACCGGCCCCACCAGUAGGGACUGCGCUGAGUGCGAUGUCGGCUGGGCCCGCCAGCAGGAUGAUUGCAUCGAUGUGAAUGAGUGUGCAGAGGAGACGCCCCCGUGCAGUGAGGGCCAGUACUGCGAGAACGUCCCUGGUUCCUACACAUGUGAAGAAUGUGACUCUACGUGUGUGGGCUGCACGGGGAAGGGCCCCGGGAAAUGCACUGCGUGUGUCCCUGGCUACACCAAGGAGGAGAAUGGCCAGUGCUCAGAUGUGGACGAGUGCUCACAAACAGAAAAGCCGUGUGCACGGGACAACGAGAACUGCUACAACACUCCAGGGAGCUUCGUCUGCGUGUGCCCCGAAGGCUACGAAGAGACAGACGAGGCCUGUGUGCCGGCUGCGGGGGGUGAAACAGAAGAAAAGCCAACGCAGCCCCCACCCCACGAAGAUUUAUAAUGUGAUUCCAAGUUAGAAGACACCAGACCUGCCCUUAAAUUAUUCAGACUGAGGCCUCCAUGAAACAAGACCUGGGAGCAGCAUCUUCAGCGUGCGUGUGGGGAGAACCUCCCAGGUCGCCACGUCCGGGAUUGCCACGUGGCCCUGCAUGCACGCCCGGUUCUUACAGAGCCUCUAUUUUGAUACCGCCCUUUAUAAUAAAGUUGACCGUUGGAGGUAGUUGGGAUGGCUCACCCAGAAGUCAGCCGCUUCA